AUGGCGCAGUCACCAACCCACCAGCUGGAGGAAGCUCCAGACCUGCAAGGCUCUUCCCAUACAAACAAUGCAACAUCAAAUACAGAAAAACAUCGUCCAAAAUCUCAAGGUUCGACAGCCAGUUUACAAUCGGUCGGCGUAGGAAGCGCUUUUCAACCCGCGGCGUCGCAGCAACAACAACAACAAGACGACUCGACGAUGCCUCUUGACCAGAAUGCCUUUUUCGUUCAACAUGGCCACCACCCAGCCGCUGCAAUGUACGGUCCUCCAGAAGAAAUGCUCAUACCUUAUCCGCAUAAUAUGGGUGCACAUCUUCAACAACAGCCUGUGGAUCCCACAACGGGAAUGCCACAACACGAAAUGCGACCAAUGUCACAAUCAGCAUUUCAAGAAAUGCCACGUUUUCCCCUACAAUACCCUCCUGGAAUACCACCCUACACCGUUGGUCCUCAGCAUAUGCAUCACAUGCGCCAUCAUUCCGAACAAUUCGAAGGUUCUCCCGCCCCCGAAGACUCGAAUACAGAAAAUGGUGGAGCGAAGAGAAGAAAAGGAACGGCUUCAAGUGUGGCAAAUGACCAGGAACUGCGACGAUUGCUUGCUCAAUAUCAAGGUAAAUCUCUGAAAGAGGUUGCUGCUGAGGUUCAGAAGAAUGAGGGAGCGGGAGGUAAAUCGGAAAAGGCAAAACAGGUCUUUGCAAUGUUAUGGCUUCAAGAAAGUUGUCAACGAUCUUCAAAUUCUGUUCGCCGCGAUCGUGUCUUCACUCGAUAUACCGAGCGUUGCGGGAAUGAGCGGGUCCCGACACUCAAUCCUGCAUCGUUUGGUAAACUUGUGCGAAUCAUCUUCCCUAAUGUACAAACAAGAAGAUUGGGGGUGCGAGGCGAAUCGAAGUAUCACUAUGUUGACCUAUCACUGAUUGUAGACGAUGAUGACCGACACUACGUUUCAACACAUGAAAGACCUGGAACCGCAAACGGCAGCCAGCAUGAAAGACGUGGGUCAACGGCGGAAGCAAACAAAUCCUUUAAGGCUCACAUCACCCCUCCCAUCGAUCGACCCAUAUCACGACCUACUGUAGAAACAGCCGAUUUUCCAGCCCCGAACUCUGCUGCUUUCUUGUGCAAGAAAGCCUCUAUCACCGAAAACGAUCAACAGCGGGGCGAGAGGCCUCAAGUUCAAAAGAUGGACUGUAAAUACAUCAACACGCCUACUAUCCGCUUCUCUACCAAAACCACACCCGCAAGUGUUAUUACCGCUCUGCCUGCAAUUCGUCCCAAUUUGCCUGGUAGUAUGGCCACCUACCUUGGAAUGCCCACCAUCAAUUCGCUUUCUCAACUGUCUUCCUCUUCACAAGAUACUCCAAUCGAGUUCCCCGACAUCCAUCCAUACCUCGAAGGAACAAACUACGACGCCUCGAUAGCUAAAGCUUUGUUCCAUCUCUACCGGUCAUACUGCAUUGAUGUCAUCGACGCCUUUCGAAAGUGCAAGGAAAAGCCAUUUUUCAAUCACCAUUCCGCCUUCAACGGCAAGAUGACCGUCCCUGUGUCUAAACUCUUUUCGAUGGAAUGUUUAGCUCCUUGGAUUCAGGAAUGCGAUAUGCGAAUGUACAAGCAAAUUGUUCGAUUCAUCGCGCCGCUAGCGGUUCAGAAUGUACCAGAUGUUGUGUGGACCGUGUUCGACCGCAUCGGAUCGAGACUGGUCAGUCAUUUAAUUUCAGCUUUCGAGGAGAAGUGCCCAGUCCAUGUUGUCGUGGCGAAGGCGGUUCCGGCCGCCAGAUUUGCGAAUCUUCUAAAGAAGCUCAGGGGUGCUAAUGCAGCAACGUGGCAACUGAGUCGCAUGCUAGAAGAUCCGCAACAGCGGACGCAAAUGUGGCUCGACCUUAUGGCAAUCAUUGAUCCUGAUCGUUUGCUAGAGGAAAGCAUGCCACCCCCCGAGAGCCUGGAGAAACUGCAAGGCGUUCUGAAGCAAGAUAUGAGACCGUUGAUAGCGCCGGUUGAUGGCGAGUUAGUCCGGGUAGCGGAAGCAGACCCGACCAGCGCGUACGCCAACUUUCUCAACGACGCUUCCGAAUUAAGCUUUGGAAUAUUGCCGCCAGACACAAGCGAAGAGCCCACGCCACUUCUAGAGCGAUGGAUCAGUUGGCUAGAGUGUCUGCCCCAACUUUUUGACGGCCAUCACCCUCAAUGUAUGAUCGACUGGCAUUCCAGGCUGUGGAGUAGUGUCAUGACGCAAAUGGGCCAGGGCGGUGCACACAGUUAUCAGUCCUGGUGGUUUGUCGAAUCAUUCACGACGCAAAUGCUCGGUUGGAUGACGCAGAUGGAGGGAUUGCUAAUGGACGAGGCGAGUCAAAAGCUUGCAGACGAAAGAGAGCAAGAGAAGAGCAAGGAGGUCCAACCUCAUUCACGUUUGUCUAUUAGCGGCCCAAAGAGAAAGAGAGCUGAAGACGAUGUUGAUGGAAACGAGGGCGCAUCCGCCGGACUCGACUCACACUUACCCAGGAAGAUGGAGCCAGGUCCCAAGAGUUCACCAACCCUUCCACCAACACAGACAGAAGAACCGGUCGCCCACGAAGUGGACGAUGACGAGACCGAUGCAGAGCUAGAUGAGCUACGACGUGGUGGCCCUUUAGACCUGCCUAGCUUUCACACCGGUCUAAGCAGCCCAAUCAAACGACCGCCUGGUGCGCAUGACGACAGUGGUAUUGAUCUCGGGCUUGAUGUCGAUGCUGAAGCGGAGAAAGAAGCGAAGAAAUUCAACAAGAGAGACUGGCUUCUGAGCAGCGAUCCCGUGGAUUCAUCGAUGGGACUGGGGGUGUUGGCUUGA